AUGAAGCCUUCCACUUCCAUCUCACCACCACCGGCUGCCCCAAUAUUCCUUUCAAACACCAAACGUUCGUUGAUUUCGGGAGUGAAUCGAUGGAGUCCAAUGCUAGGUCAUCGACUGAGUACGCUACUCGUUUCGGUUGAAGAACAACUUGCCGAGGAAGUUACGCAAAAGAUUUUGCAUGAAGCGUUCGCUGAAACCAUGGCCACUCUUCGUGAGGUCACUUUCUAUCGAUUUUACCACGUCUUUCAAAAAGAUGAGCUCGAAAACCUGGUGAAUUCGAUCCCGUCGUUGAAUGUGACUCGAUCGUCAUUCGAACAUGGCAACUGGUGUGUCGUUGUCGAAAAAGCCGCCGAUAGUGUGCCCCAUGAUUGA